AUGGCAGAGUUCUAUGGAUCUGAGAUGAUGGUGCCAUUCGGACCAAAGGCAAUAACAAAUCUUUGUACAAGUUUCCGUAGAGAUGACACAAAGGAGGGUGAUCUGAUUGAGACAAUUGUGCACUUCAAGGAUAUACAAAAAACCGAUCCAGACUUCUUCUAUAAGGUGAAAUAUGAUGAAGAGGACAGAGUUGUCAACAUAUUUUGGGUGGAUGGCUUAGCUCGAAAAGCUUAUGCGGAGGCGUACCACGAUUGCAUAUCGUUUGACACCACCUACAUGACCAACAUGUACAAUAUGCCGUUCGCGCCCUUCAUAGGAAUAAACCGACAUGGCCAAUCUUUCAUGCUGGGUUGCGCGUUUGUGAGGCAGGAGUUAGCAUCGAGCUUUGAUUGA